AUGAAGAAUUUACUGAUGAAUUGCAAACUCAAACCGGGGGAUGCUGAUUUUGCCUUUUAUAUUGAAAAGCGAGGUUAUACAGUUGAUGAUAUAGAAGAAAAAGGAGAAAGACUAGACAGAUUGCGAAAUGAAUAUACUGGUAUUAAAGAAGAAGAAAUUUCUGAUGCUUCCUCUAAUGAGGAUGAAGUUGAAGUUAAGGAAAUAGAAACAACGGGGGUAACAAGUUUACCUUAA